UCUUGUGGGACGCACACGAACUAAAAACUUUGUGAGAAAAAACCGACCGGCGUUAGUAGUCAGAUUUUCAGCGCGAAUUGAAUACUCAGCGAGAUGAGUGGCGGAGUAUACGGGGGAGAUGAGGUGGGAGCCCUUGUGUUCGACAUGGGACACUACUCUGUGCGUGCCGGCUAUGCAGGAGAAGAUUCACCCAAGGCAGAGAUUCCAAGCUCUGUUGGUUUGAUAGAAGAAUUAAUAGGGGAAAUGGGUGAAAUGGACGCAAAAGAGGGUGUACCACAGGGCCCUCCCACACAGAAGAAGUACUUCAUAGACACUACAAGCAUUCACGUCGCACGAGCAAAUAUGGACAUGGUCUCUUUUCUCAAAGAUGGCAUGAUUGAAGAUUGGGACCUGUUUGAGAAAAUGAUGGACUAUGCCUACAGUCGCCACAUUAAAUCAGACUCCCACCUUCAUCCAGUACUCAUUUCUGAAGCAUCAUGGAAUGUCCGAACAAAACGGGAGAAAUUGACGGAGCUGGUGUUCGAAAAGUACGGCGUUCCAGCAUUUUUCCUCGUAAAGAAUGCUGUCUUGGCCGCAUUCGCAAACGGACGUUCCACAGGGAUCGUUGUCGACAGUGGAGCAAGUCAGACGUCUGCUGUACCCGUACACGAUGGCUAUGUCCUUACUCAAGCCAUUGUAAAGUCACCUCUGGCGGGUGACUUUGUAACAAUGCAGUGCAAGCAGUACUUGGAAGAACAAGGCAUUGAAAUUGUUCCACCUUAUUUGCUUGCUGGAAAAGAGAUGGUAAAAGAGUGUGAGGCUCCAAAAUGGACGAGAAAAAAUAACCUACCCGAGGUAACCAAGUCCUGGCACAAUUACAUGACCAAGGAAGUGCUGCAAGACUUCCAAAGCUCCGUACUUCAAAUAAUGGAUUCCCCUUACGACAAAGAAUCAGCGGAAAACAUGCCAACAGUACACUAUGAGUUUCCCAACGGCUACAACCAGGACUUUGGUCCAGAACGAUUUCUGAUACCGGAAUCGUUAUUCGAUCCGUCAACGAUAAAAAGUGCGCCUGGCACAACCAUGAUAGGAGCAGCACAAGUUGUCACGACUAGCGUUGGAAUGUGUGACAUCGACAUUCGACCUAGUCUGUAUGGCAGUGUCACAAUCACUGGAGGGAACACGCUGCUUCAGGGUUUUACGGAACGGCUCAACAGAGAUCUGUCUUCAAAAACUCCGCCGAGCAUGAGGUUGAAGAUAAUCAGCACAAGCAGUACAGCUGAAAGAAGGUUUGGAGCGUGGAUUGGAGGCUCUAUACUAGCAUCAUUGGGAACCUUCCAGCAGAUGUGGAUCUCGAAGCAAGAGUACGAAGAAGGUGGAAAAUCUCAAGUCGACAGGAAGUGUCCCUGAGCAAAGCCCGUGGAUUGUCUCGCCGUGAGACUCAGCUUUUAUUUGUACAUAAUAUAGCGCGUCCCUUCUUAAUAAAGCCGCGGUGUUACA